AUGUUCAGCUUUGUGGAUUCUCGGUUACUGCUGUUGAUAGCAGCGACUGUACUACUCACCAAAGGUCAAGGAGAAGAAGACAUUCCAUCUGGAAACUGCAUACAGGACGGACUAACAUACAGCGACAGAGAAGUAUGGAAACCUGUACCCUGCCAGCUCUGCGUGUGCGACAGCGGGAACAUCCUGUGCGAUGACGUGCUCUGUGACGACAUCUUAGACUGCCCCAAUCCCAAGAUCGUCGAAGGAGAAUGCUGUCCCACCUGCCCUGACGAGGCCUCUCCUGUCGACCCAGAUGGUACUGGAGCAGAGGGCCCCAAAGGAGAACGCGGCCCCAAAGGAGACAGGGGACCCCCAGGCCUACCUGGCAGAGAUGGCAUUCCCGGACAGCCUGGUCUUCCUGGACCCCCAGGCCCCCCAGGACCUCCAGGCCUUGGCGGAAACUUCGCACCUCAACUGUCUUACGGCUAUGACGAGAAAUCCGUUGGUGGUGGCCUGUCCAUGCCCGGCCCUAUGGGCCCAUCUGGUCCCCGCGGUCUCCCCGGCCCUCCCGGUUCUCCUGGUCCUCAAGGUUUCCAAGGUCCUCCCGGUGAGCCUGGAGAGCCCGGGGCUUCUGGUCCCAUGGGUCCCCGUGGUCCAGCUGGUCCACCUGGCAAGAAUGGAGAUGAUGGUGAAGCUGGAAAGCCUGGACGUCCUGGCGAACGUGGUGCUCCCGGCCCCCAGGGUGCCCGUGGUCUGCCCGGAACUGCUGGCCUGCCAGGCAUGAAAGGUCACAGAGGUUUCAGCGGUCUUGAUGGUGCUAAGGGUGAUACCGGUCCAGCUGGCCCCAAGGGUGAGCCUGGUAGCCCUGGUGAGAACGGAGCUCCCGGACAAAUAGGGCCCCGUGGUCUUCCCGGCGAGAGAGGCCGCCCUGGUCCAUCCGGCCCCGCUGGUGCUCGUGGUAACGACGGUGCUCCCGGUGCUGCUGGCCCCACAGGUCCAACUGGCCCAGCUGGCCCCCCUGGCUUCCCUGGCGCUGUCGGUGCUAAGGGUGAAACUGGUCCCCAAGGUGGUCGUGGUGGUGAAGGCCCACAGGGCGCCCGUGGUGAGCCCGGUGCCCCCGGCCCCGCUGGUGCCGCCGGCCCUGCUGGCAACCCUGGUAGCGAUGGUCAACCUGGUGGCAAAGGUGCAACUGGCUCUCCUGGCAUUGCUGGCGCUCCCGGCUUCCCUGGUGCUCGUGGCCCCUCCGGACCCCAGGGUCCCAGUGGUGCUCCUGGUCCCAAGGGUAACAGCGGCGAACCCGGUGCUACAGGCAACAAGGGAGAUGCUGGUGCCAAGGGAGAACCUGGUCCUGCUGGUGUCCAAGGCCCCCCUGGUCCAUCUGGUGAAGAAGGCAAGAGAGGAUCCCGUGGUGAGCCCGGCCCUGCUGGUCUGCCCGGCCCUGCUGGCGAACGUGGUGCUCCCGGAAGCCGCGGUUUCCCUGGGUCUGAUGGCAUUUCUGGUCCUAAGGGUCCCUCUGGUGAACGUGGCUCCCCUGGCCCUGCUGGUCCCAAAGGAUCCCCCGGUGAAUCUGGACGUCCUGGCGAGCCUGGUCUGCCCGGUGCCAAGGGUCUGACUGGAAGCCCAGGUAGCCCAGGUCCCGAUGGCAAGACCGGCCCCACUGGUCCCGCUGGUCAAGAUGGUCGCCCCGGACCCGCAGGCCCACCCGGUGCCAGAGGUCAGGCUGGUGUGAUGGGUUUCCCUGGACCUAAAGGUGCUGCUGGCGAACCCGGCAAACCCGGUGAAAGAGGCGUUCCCGGAGCCGUUGGUGCUGUUGGUGCUCCUGGCAAAGAUGGUGAAGCUGGUGCCCAGGGACCUCCUGGCGCAGCUGGUCCCUCUGGAGAGAGAGGUGAACAAGGACCUUCAGGUGCUCCUGGAUUCCAGGGUCUGCCCGGUCCCGCUGGUCCAGCUGGUGAAUCUGGCAAGCCUGGUGAGCAGGGUGCCCCCGGAGACCUCGGUGCCCCCGGUCCAGCUGGUGCAAGAGGUGAGAGAGGUUUCCCUGGAGAGCGUGGUGUCCAAGGUGCGCCCGGUCCACAGGGCCCACGUGGUAGUAACGGUGCUCCUGGUAAUGAUGGUGCUAAGGGUGAUGCUGGCGCUCCUGGCAGUCCCGGAAACCAAGGUCCUCCCGGUCUGCAGGGAAUGCCCGGCGAACGUGGUGCUGCUGGUCUGCCUGGUGCCAGGGGUGACAGAGGUGAUGCAGGUCCCAAGGGUACUGAUGGAUCUCCCGGCAAAGAUGGCCCAAGAGGUCUGACUGGCCCCAUUGGUCCCCCCGGCCCAGCUGGUGCUCCUGGUGACAAGGGUGAAGCUGGUCCCUCCGGCCCUGCUGGUCCCACUGGUGGUCGUGGUGCUCCUGGAGAUCGUGGUGAGCCCGGCCCACCUGGUCCCGCUGGAUUCGCUGGCCCCCCUGGUGCUGACGGCCAGCCUGGUGCUAAAGGUGAAACUGGUGAUGCUGGUGCUAAGGGCGAUGCUGGUGCCCCCGGCCCUGCUGGACCCACUGGUGCUCCUGGCCCCUCUGGUGCUGUUGGUGCUCCCGGACCCAAAGGUGCUCGUGGUAGCGCUGGACCCCCUGGUGCUACUGGUUUCCCUGGUGCUGCUGGAAGAGUUGGUCCCCCUGGCCCCUCUGGAAACAUCGGUCUCCCUGGCCCACCAGGCCCCAGCGGAAAGGAAGGUAGCAAGGGACCCCGUGGUGAGACUGGCCCCGCUGGCCGCACUGGCGAACCUGGCCCCGCUGGCCCCCCCGGACCUUCUGGUGAGAAGGGCUCCCCUGGUGCCGAUGGUGCCCCAGGUGCACCUGGUACUCCAGGCCCACAGGGUAUUGCUGGACAGCGUGGUGUCGUCGGCCUUCCCGGACAGAGAGGCGAGAGAGGUUUCCCUGGUCUCCCUGGCCCAUCUGGCGAACCUGGCAAACAAGGUCCAUCUGGCUCCUCCGGCGAACGUGGUCCUCCUGGCCCAGCAGGACCUCCUGGCUUGGCCGGACCCCCUGGUGAAGCUGGACGUGAGGGCUCUCCCGGUUCUGAAGGUGCUCCUGGUCGCGAUGGCGCUGCUGGUCCCAAGGGUGACCGUGGUGAGACUGGCCCAUCUGGUCCUCCUGGUGCUCCUGGUGCCCCUGGUGCUCCUGGCCCUGUUGGUCCCGCUGGCAAGAAUGGAGAUCGUGGUGAGACUGGCCCUGCUGGUCCCGCUGGCCCCGCUGGCCCUGCUGGUGCUCGUGGUGCUGCUGGCCCUCAAGGUCCCCGCGGUGACAAAGGUGAAACUGGUGAACACGGUGACAGAGGCUUGAAGGGUCACAGAGGAUUCUCUGGUCUCCAGGGUCCACCUGGUCCUCCCGGUUCUCCUGGUGAACAAGGUCCUUCUGGAGCUUCCGGUCCCGCUGGUCCAAGGGGUCCCCCUGGCUCUUCUGGUUCCCCUGGCAAAGAUGGUCUGAAUGGUCUCCCUGGCCCCAUUGGCCCACCAGGUCCACGUGGUCGCACCGGUGAUGUCGGUCCUGCUGGUCCCCCCGGACCUCCCGGACCCCCAGGUCCCCCAGGCCCACCCAGCGGCGGUUUCGACUUCAGCUUCCUGCCCCAGCCUCCUCAGGAGAAGGCCCACACCGACAGCCGCUACUACCGGGCUGAUGACGCCAACGUGAUGCGUGACCGCGACCUGGAGGUGGACACCACCCUCCAGAGCCUGAGUCUGCAGAUCGAGAACAUCCGCAGCCCUGAGGGCACCAGGAAGAACCCAGCCCGCACCUGCCGUGACCUGAAGAUGUGCCACAACGACUGGAAGAGCGGCGAGUACUGGAUUGAUCCCAACCAAGGCUGCAACCUGGAUGCCAUCAAGGUCUACUGUAACAUGGAGACUGGCGAGACUUGCGUCUACCCAACCCAGGCUAACACGGCCCAGAAGAACUGGUACGUCAGCAAGAACCCCAAGGAGAAGAAGCACGUCUGGUUCGGCGAGACAAUGAGCGACGGCUUCCAGUUCGAAUAUGGUGGCGAGGGAUCCAACCCAGCUGACGUUGCCAUCCAACUGACCUUCCUGCGCCUGAUGUCCACUGAGGCCUCCCAGAACAUCACCUACCACUGCAAGAACAGCGUGGCCUACAUGGACCAGGAGACUGGCAACCUGAAGAAGGCUCUGCUCCUCCAGGGCUCCAACGAGAUCGAGAUCAGAGCAGAGGGCAACAGCCGCUUCACCUAUGGAGUCACCGAGGAUGGAUGCACAAGUCACACCGGCACCUGGGGCAAGACAGUCAUCGAAUACAAGACAACGAAAACCUCUCGCCUGCCCGUCAUUGACGUGGCCCCCAUGGACGUUGGCGCGCCAGAUCAGGAAUUCGGAAUUGACAUCGGACCCGUCUGCUUCUUGUAA